AUGCUCCUCAAACGCAAGAAUGCCUCCGGCUUUACAGAUCCUAGCAACUUGACUCCUGUUACUAUAGAAAUACCUUCAACUAUUUCUACAAAAGUGUCUGACCAGGAAGCCACAACACCAAGUACUCUUGGAAGUACCAGUCUCAGCCAUGUCCCUCAGGACAGCAAUGCAACCUCAGAAGCCUAUUUCUCCUCCUCAGAGUCUUCAGUCAACGUAACAUCUACCUCUGGAAUCACCGUAGCUCCUGAAGUCAUGAACUCUUCUGUCCAGUCACAGACUUCUCCAGCCUCCAUAGUAUCUACCAGUCCAACCAACGUUUCUACUUCAGAGAAGACCUUGGAGCCCAGCUUCUUCUUUCCUGGAAAUGUUUCAGAUGCCCCAUCCAAUAGUACCAGCCCUAUGACAUCUCACACUGAAUCCUACAUAUCAUCUCCUCCUAUUCCAGUUACCAUUAAGGAGGACUUUAAGAAGGACAAAGGAGAGAACCUGAUCCAAUUACUGUGUGAAAAGGAGCAGGCUGUGUCUGGGGCUGAGGUGUGCUCCUUGCUCCUGGCCCAGUCGGAGAUAAAGCCUCAGUGCCUGAUGCUGGUCUUGGCCAACAGAACAGAACUUUCCAGCAAGUUCCAACUUAUGAAAAAACACCAGUCUGACCUGGAAAAGCUGGGCAUCCAAGGCUUCACUGAAGAAAAUGUUGGGAGCCACCAGAGCUAUUCCCGCAAGACCCUGAUUGCUCUGGUGACCUCAGGAAUCCUGCUGGCUAUCUUGGGCACCACUGGCUAUUUCCUCAUGAACCGCCGCAGUUGGAGCCCCACAGGAGAAAGGCUGGGCGAAGACCCUUAUUACACGGAGAGCGGUGGAGGCCAGGGCUAUAGCUCAGGCCCUGGGGCCUCCCCCGAGGCCCAGGGAAAGGCCAGUGUGAACCGAGGGGCUCAGGAGAACGGCACCGGCCAGGCCACAUCCAGAAACGGCCAUUCAGCAAGACAACACAUGGUGGCUGAUACAGAAUUGUGA